UUAAAAGAAGGUCUGUGAAACUAGAUAGACAUGAUGUUUAAAUCACAUCAUCUUGGAAACAAUCAGCGGACCUCUCUGCUGAAUGCAAACAACAAGUAGCAUGCCAUCUUUUGGGUCUGCUGUUCAUCCAGCAAGAUUGCAAAACAACUACAGCUAUCACUACACUAGACAUACCGACUACAUUGAUUAACUAACUUUUGUUUUGUAUGGUUACUAGAGUAUAUAUAAGCUAAGUAUUGUGCUUCCAUUUCUAGGAUGUAAUGGAUAUGCACAAAAAUUUGUCAGAGUGAAAUGAUCUAUGGAUGGAUUCGCGUCGGAUAAAAGAAAAUACACAGGAUUGAGGAAGAUCCCAGUGUAGGACGAGUGCUUCCUGUCCCGCCAAAUUUCUGCAGAGCAGAGGUUCAGUUUCUCAUUUUUUUUUGCACCCGCACUUAUAUAGCGAAGCUGCAAUGGUGGCCAAACAGAAACUUUUGCUUGUUCUCAUUGACGGCCUAGGCGACGUGGCCAUUCCUCAACUCGAUUAUCAAACGCCUCUCCAAGCAGCAAAAACGCCAUGGCUCGAUAGACUGGCAGCGGGUGGUAAGAAUGGACUCAUGGAUUCUGUUGAGCCUGGUUUGGCAUGUGGAUCAGAUACAGCACACAUGUCAAUUCUCGGUUAUAACCCUCGGAAGUACUACCGAGGUAGGGGCGCUUUCGAAACAAUGGGUGCUGGUUUAGAAAUGGUCCCAGGUGAUAUUGCGUUCAAGUCAAACUUUGCCUACCUCGAUAGAGAAACUGAAAUAGUCAUUUCUAGACGUGCAGAUCGUCAUUUUGAAGGAUUAGGACCCACACUAUGUGAUGCUUUGGAUGGCGCCAAGCUGCCAUCAUUCCCCGAACACACCGUUGCAGUGAAAUACGCAACUGAACAUCGAUGUGGUGUACGUGUCCGGGGUCCCCGACUGACCGAUACAAUUAGUGGCACAGAUCCUUUAAAAGACAAUUUACCACUUGUAAAAUGCGCUCCUACCGAAAAUACCGUAGAAGCUCAUAUGACCAGCAAGUUGAUUAACGAGCUAUCUGAUGUGUUUUACGAAAUAUUGAGCAAACACCCUAUCAAUGACGAUAGAAAGAAAGCCGGCAAAACCCCAGCAAACUGUAUACUACUUCGUGGAUGCGGUAGCUGUAUCGACAUUCCUAGUAUAGAGAGACUGCACGGCUUUAAGAGCUUUUUGAUUGCGCCUACUUGUAUUAUUGCAGGACUUGGCAUGACUGCUGGUAUGGAUAUUCUCCAAGUUGAAGGUGCCACGGGCGAUUAUCACACGAACUUUCAAGCCAAAGGCGAUGCAGUUGUUGCCAAUCUCAAAGGAUCAAAGUACGAUUUUGGAUUUUUACAUAUAAAGGCGGUGGAUGAUGCCGGACAUGACCGCAACAUAGACUUCAAGAUCAAAUUUCUGGAAAAGAUUGACAUUAUGAUGGGUGACAUUAUCCGUCAGCUAUGUGAAGAUGACGGAGAAAAUGAGUAUACAACCAUUGUCACAAGCGACCACUCAACUCCAGUUCUUUAUGGCGACCACAGCUGUGAACCAGUACCGUUUUGCAUUAGCCGUGUCAAAUAUGCCAUGGAUCCAUCAUUGGGGCAGGGUGACUCAGUUACUCGAUUUGAAGAGGUUGAUGCUGCGCGAGGAUGUUUGGGCCGAUUUUGUGGUUCUCAGAUGAUGACUAUAGCAAAGUCUUAUAUGUGUUCUGAAUUACGUACCAAUUAAUUGUCGUGAAAACACUUAUCCAGACAAGUCAAUCCCGUUAUAUUUUUUCUUCAACUUUUGAUAAUCCUUCUUUUCUCCACUCUGUAGAUAUUAAUGUACCAACAACAAUCUUGUAUUAUCCCUCUUUCUGUGCUUUCUUUACACAUCUGUUUUGAAUAAUGAAACCGAGAAUAUGAGUAUCGGGAGACACCCAUGGCUGUUCUCAACUAGAAUACUAGUUAUUUG